ACUUGAGCACUUGGAGCUGACUUUGUGUUCCAAGUGCGCCACUGAAAGAACCAGCAGAAUUCAGUGCACUGAAAGUACCCGGAUGGCGCUCUGCAAACGGGUAAAACAUGUGAAACGAUGGACACUACUCGCCCUCAACGGCCGCCAUCUUGGUGACGUACCGGAAGAGGAGGAGCCCUUUCGCCAGCUCUUCAUUUUAUUUCUAAAACAAUGGCGGACAGCACAAGCGGUAGACCACGAAGCUACAGACCGUAAAUAGACGUUUCCUGGAGGUGCUGGUGCUGGUCCUCUGCUGCCCUCCCGACAUCAACAUCUGGCUCCAAUGACCUCUGGCACCUCACAUCCACCUCCAGGGCCUUUAAGAAGAUGGACCGCCAUCGCGUCUUCAGUAUCCCGAAGGACCUCUCCACAACACAGCUGGCCUUUGACAGGCAGCAGUUGUAGCUUGGAGGUGGACAGGCUGCCUGAAGGGGGUCAUGAGGCAGAUGGGUUGGGACAGGCAGGGGGAGCCACCAUCCCCAAGGAUACAGUAUCCUGGUGGAGGGGAUGACUGCUCAUAGAAGAUGGGGCUGUUAUUCAGGACCCUGGCAUCAUGCUCUGAGUCUGGGUAGCCCACAUGAAUUUGCACUUAUCCCAGAUGGCCUGCAGCUGGAUGGAAUGAAAAAGCUUCCUGUUAAAAUAGCAGGCAGCAUCCUCCGCUGGGGGCUUCACUCUGACGUGGCAGCCAUCAAUAGCCCCCACCACUCUGCUGAAGGCUGCCGACCCAGCUAGACGGGCGGGCAGGAAGGGAAGAUUAUAUUAAUAUGCAAGUCAUUUUAUCAAUAAAAUGUUGUCAUUGAGGUUUUGUAGUCUUUUAUUGCGUUUUCUGGUUUAUAUUAGAAUUGAUGCAUGUUUGUAACAAUAAUUAAUAUGCCUGUGUGUUCAAUUGCUCAUUGAUUCCUGUAUCAGGGUGAACUUCACUACAACAGAGAUGUGUAUAAAAGUACAGUCAGUCAAAGUAGGCCUAUUACUGUGAAUUCAAGCAGAUGAUGCCUAUCAUUUCAGUGGAUAAUUCUUAAAACUAAUUGGAAUCUAGCGACAAACAUGUACAGAGUUGUCAUGUUUUAUUUCCAUAUGGUGUGUAUGUGGAUUGCAAAGAAGAAGGCUACUUCUGACAAAGAUAAUUGAGAAUUUAGCAUACCUAGCGAGGAGAAUUUAAUUGCAACUACUACAUGAAGCUAUGCUGUGAAGGUAAGGCAAAAUCACACAAUUAAAUGUACAUAUACCAUCUCGACUUCAGCCAGAAGGCGGAGGCUCCUGCCGCGAUUGUGGAGGUAUCGCAGUUUCCACAUGGGGUGGAGAAAGGGGUAAACAAGGGACAACAAGAGGGCAAGAAGUGCUUCAUUUUGUCACUUUAAGGGUUUGGUUUAUCGCAAGUAGAUUUGCAUACGUCACUCCCGGCUUAAUUUCGCGGGUGCCGUGAACAGAUUUGCGUCCGUCACUUCCGCCAAGUGGUUAACGUAAGUGUUCCAUUUGAGACAGCACUUCAUCAGCGACGCAAUACAGUGCACUGAAUUGUAGUGCACUGCAUUGCAGUGUACUUCGUAAAGUGUGCGGUAGUAGACACAGCCAAUGUUUAUCGUCUGAAAGUCGGACGAAACAUCGUCAAACACAAAAACACUUCAUCGGGAAACAUCGUAAAAUUAUGAAAUAAGUUCAAGAAAACAUCGUCAAGUACUUAGUUAGGUUUAUGAAAAGAUCGUGAAGUCCUUAGGUUUAUGAAAAGAUCGUGAAGUCCUUAGUUAGGUUUAUGAAAAGAUCGUGAAGUCCUUCGGUUUUUAAAGACACGCAUGUUUAUAACGAUGUCGGCUGAGUUGGUGAGAGGCAUUCUGGGUAAUGUAGGAAAAAGGAAACGAGCUUGAGGGAGACUGAAGCCUCAUAAUCAUAAUAUUUACAUUAAGGAAAGGCUUGUUGGUGAUGAUGGAUCGAGUUAUUGAUCGGUCCUCUGACCUGAUCAGCUCCGUAUUGAUCGAUGCUCUGUCCCGAUCAGCUUCGUAUUGAUCGGUCCUCUGACCCGAUCAGCUCCGUAUUCAUCGGUCCUCUGACCCGAUCAGCCUCGUAUUGAUCGGUCCUCUGUCCCGAUCAGCUUCGUAUUGAUCGGUCUUCUGUCCCAAUCAGCUUCGUAUUAAUCGGUCCUCUCUCCCGAUCAGCUCUGUAUUGAUCGGUCCUCUCUCUCGAUCAGCCCCAUAUUGAUCGGUCCUCUCUCCCGAUCAGCCCCAUAUUGAUAGGUCCUCUCUCCCGGCCCGCCAGCAGCAGGCUCAGGAUGAGAAGAUGGCCGGCUGCGUGUUUCCAAUGGGACCAGAGAGCUUUCAGCGCUUCACGCCGGACUCCCUGGCGGCCAUCGAGCAGCGCAUCGCCCAGGAGAGGGCCCGCCGCAGCAAACACUACCAGGAGGACCUGGGUGACGUGGUGCUCCCCCGGCGCCGGGCCGACCUGGAGGCAGGGAAACAGCUGCCGCGCAUCUUCGCCGACAUCCCGUCUCACCUGGUGGGCGUUCCCCUGGAGGACAUCGACCAGUACUACUUCAAAGACAAGAGGACCUUCGUGGUCCUGAACAAAGGGAAGGCCAUCUUCCGCUUCUCGGCCACGUCAGCGCUCUACAUCUUCAGCCCCUUCAACCUCGUCCGCCGAGUCUCCAUCAGGAUCCUGGUGCACUCGCUGUUCAGCCUCUUCAUCAUGUGCACCAUCCUCACCAACUGCUGCUUCAUGGCCAUGUCAGAACCCGCCUCCUGGGCCAAGUACCUGGAGUACACCUUCACAGGUAUCUACACCUUUGAGUCCCUGGUAAAGAUCCUGGCCCGGGGGUUCUGCGUGGGCCCCUUCACCUUCCUGAGGGACCCGUGGAACUGGCUGGACUUCAGCGUGAUCGCCAUGGCAUAUGUGACUGAGUUUGUGGACCUGGGUAAUGUGUCCGCCUUGAGGACGUUCAGGGUGCUGCGGGCGCUCAAAACCAUCUCAGUCAUCCCAGGCCUGAAGACCAUCGUGGGCGCCCUGAUCCAGUCGGUGAAGAAGCUGGCCGACGUGAUGAUCCUCACCGUGUUCUGCCUGAGCGUGUUCGCGCUCAUCGGCCUGCAGCUCUUCAUGGGAAACCUGCGGCAGAAGUGCGUCCGCAGCGCGGCGCACUGCGUCAAUGGCAGCCUGCCGGCCAACGCCAGCUUCCACUGCAACAACAGGACCUGGGCCUCCCUCAAGGAGUUCGUCAACCACGAGGACAACUUCUACAAGGUGGAAGGAGCCAAGGACGCUUUGAUCUGUGGGAACAGCAGCGACGCAGGAAAGUGCCCAGAUGGGUUUGACUGCCUGAAGGCAGGAAAGAACCCAAACUACGGCUACACCAGCUUCGACAGCUUCGGCUGGGCCUUCCUGUCCCUGUUCCGCCUGAUGACCCAAGACUACUGGGAGAACCUCUACCACCAGACGCUGCGCUCGGCCGGUAAGACCUACAUGGUGUUCUUCGUGGUGGUCAUCUUCCUGGGCUCCUUCUACCUGGUGAACCUGAUCCUGGCCGUGGUCGCCAUGGCCUACGAGGAGCAGAACCAGGCCACCAUCGCCGAGGCCAGCCAGAAAGAGCGGGAGUUUCAGGUUGCCAUGGAGAUGCUGAAGAAGGAGCAGCAGGCCGCCGCCCAGAAGCUCCUGGACUCGGACUCCAUCGCGUCACCUGAACUCUCCCCCUUCGGUCUGCCGUUGGACCGCGUGGAGGAGCGGAGGCGGAGUCAGGCGCUUGUGGGCGUGGCCGACGUGCAGGCGAACCUAUCGGAGGAGAAGCUGCUGCAGGUGGACUUGACGGACGGCGGAAAGCCGCUCCUCGCGCGCUCCUUCUCCUCCAGGACGCGGCGCAGCAGCCAGGUCUCCUCCAUCUUCAACUUCCGUCUGAGGAGCCGGGGGUCGGAGGCGGAGAUGGCCGACGACGAGUACAGCGUCCCGGGCGACGUGGUGGACGGCGUCGGGGGGCGGACCUACAGCGGCGGGACCUUCAGCGGCAUCCUGCCCCAUCCAGGGCACAAACGACGAGCCAGCACCUACAGCAACGCCAGCAGGAACUCCCAGGUUUUUUAUCCGACUCUCAAUGUUAACGGGAAGCUGUUUGUUGCCAUGGACCAGAACGGGGUUUCCCCACCAUCGCUGCAGGGGCAGCUUCCUGCCUGCACCAUGGAGAAGGUCAAGGAGGAGAGUGUCCCCACCUCCACCACGGAGCUCAGCACCAUGCUGCUCCCUCGGCCCUCGUCCAAUCAGGACCCGGUGAGGAGGGGCCGCACGCUCAGCGCCGCCAGCUACCUCACCGACGCCAUGGAAGAGUUGGAGGAGGCCCAUCAGAAGUGCCACCCCUGCUGGUACCUGUUUGCGCGGCGCUACCUGGUGUGGGAGUGCGCCCCCUGCUGGCGGCGCCUGAAGCAGCGCGUCACGCUGGUGGUCAUGGACCCGUUCCUGGACCUCCUCAUCACCGUGUGCAUCGUGCUCAACACGCUGUUCAUGGCCAUGGAGCACUACCCCAUGACGGAGGAGUUCAACGCCAUGCUGGGCGUCGGCAACCAGGUGUUCUCGGGCAUCUUCACGCUGGAGAUGGUGCUGAAGGUCAUCGCUCUGGACCCGUUCUACUACUUCCAGACGGGCUGGAACGUCUUCGACUGCAUCAUCGUCUGCCUCAGCCUGAUGGAGCUGGGCCUGUCCGACGUGGAGGGGCUCAGCGUGCUGCGCUCCUUCAGACUGCUGCGCGUGUUCAAGCUGGCGCGCUCGUGGCCGACGCUCAACACGCUGAUCAAGAUCAUCGGGAACUCCAUGGGCGCCCUGGGCAACCUGACGCUCGUCCUCGCCAUCAUCGUCUUCAUCUUCGCCGUGGUCGGCAUGCAGCUGUUUGGGAAGAACUACCAGGACUGCGUGUGUAAGAUCUCCAGGGACUGCUCCCUGCCCCGCUGGCACAUGAAGGACUUCUUCCACUCCUUCCUCAUCGUGUUCCGGGUCCUGUGUGGCGAGUGGAUCGAGACCAUGUGGGACUGCAUGGAGGUGGCGGGCCAGCCGCUCUGCCUGCUGGUCUUCAUGCUGGUCAUGGUCAUCGGGAACCUGGUGCUGCUGAACCUCUUCCUGGCUCUGCUGCUCAGCAGCUUCAGCUCAGACAACCUGUCGGCGCCCGACGACGACGGAGAGAUGAACAACCUGCACAUCGCCAUCCACCGGAUCACCAGGGGCCUGGCCUGGUGCCGCGGACAGGUGCUGGACUUCUUCAACGGGAACCUGAAGCGCCGCCGUCAGAACAGGAAGGAGAACACGGCGAUGAUGAAGCUGAAGCGCCUGAGCAGCAUCCACACCGAGGUCAACGGGGUCAUCGGCCGCCAUGUGGAGAAGUACGUGGUGCCGGAGGACGACAGCUACAUGACCAACCCCAACCUCACCAUCAGCGUGCCCAUCGCACCGGGGGAGUCCGACCUCGAGUUCCCCGAGGAGGAGGAGGAGGAGGAGGAGGAGGAGCAGAGCGAGGGAUCCGAGGAGGAAGAGGCAGAGCAGAGGGAGGAGAAAGACGCCGUCAGCCUAUCAGAGGGCAGCACGGCGGACCUGAGGAAGGAGGAAGAGGACGAAGACUCAGAGACGGCCGACGAGAACAUGGAGCCAGACAACUGCUUCCCCGACUGCUGCGUCUCCAGGCUCCGGUGCUGUGCCGUGGACUCGUCUGCCGGUCCGGGUCAGACCUGGUGGAGACUGAGGAAGACCUGCUUCCACAUCGUAGAGCACAGCUGGUUCGAGUCCUUCAUCAUCUUCAUGAUCCUGCUGAGCUCGGGAGCCCUGGCCUUUGAGGACAUCUACAUCGAGCAGAGGAAGGUGGUGAAGGUGGUGCUGGAGUACGCAGACAAGAUCUUCACCUACAUCUUCAUCCUGGAGAUGUUGCUCAAGUGGCUCGCGUACGGCUUCAAGAAGUACUUCACCAACUACUGGUGCUGGCUCGACUUCCUCAUCGUGGACGUGUCUCUGGUCAGCUUGGUGGCCAACACGUUGGGUUACUCAGACUUUGCAGCCAUCAAGUCUCUGAGGACGCUCCGGGCCCUGCGGCCCCUGAGGGCCCUCUCCAGAUUUGAAGGCAUGAGGGUGGUGGUGAACGCCCUGAUCGGGGCCAUCCCCUCCAUCAUGAACGUGCUGCUGGUCUGCCUCAUCUUCUGGCUCAUCUUCAGCAUCAUGGGCGUCAACCUGUUCGCCGGCAAGUUCGGCCGCUGCGUCAACCGCACGGGUCACAUCUACGAGUCCGCCGACAUCAACAACAAGUCUGAGUGCGAGGCGCUCAACAACACCUCGCUCUACUACUGGACCACGGUCAAGGUCAACUUCGACAACGUCGGGGCCGGAUACCUGGCGCUGCUGCAAGUGGCCACCUUCAAAGGCUGGAUGGAUAUCAUGUACGCUGCGGUGGACUCACGAGCUGUGGAAGAGCAGCCGAUCAAGGAGAUCAAUCUCUACAUGUACCUGUACUUUGUCAUCUUCAUCAUCUUCGGCUCCUUCUUCACCCUCAACCUCUUCAUCGGCGUCAUCAUCGAUAACUUCAACCAGCAGAAGCGAAAGUUAGGAGGACAGGACAUCUUCAUGACGGAGGAGCAGAAGAAGUACUACAACGCCAUGAAGAAGCUGGGCUCCAAGAAGCCCCAGAAGCCCAUCCCCCGCCCUCUGAACGCCGUGCAGGGCUUCUUCUUCGACCUGGCGGGGAAGCAGGCCUUCGACAUCAUCAUCAUGGUGCUGAUCCUCUUCAACAUGAUCACCAUGAUGGUGGAGACGGACGAGCAGUCGCCCCAGAUGGAGCACAUACUCAACAACAUCAACCUGGCCUUCAUCAUCGUCUUCACCUUCGAGUGCCUCGUGAAGAUCGUGGCGCUGCGGUGCUACUUCUUCACCGUCGGCUGGAACAUCUUCGACUUCGUGGUCGUCAUCCUCUCCAUCGUCGGUAUCGUGCUCGCGGACAUCAUCGAGAAGUACUUUGUGUCGCCGACGCUGUUCCGAGUGAUCCGAUUGGCCCGCAUCGGACGCAUUCUGCGUCUCAUCCGAGGGGCCAAGGGCAUCCGGACGCUGCUGUUCGCCCUCAUGAUGUCGCUUCCCGCGCUCUUCAACAUCGGACUGCUCCUCUUCCUGGUCAUGUUCAUCUACGCCAUCUUCGGCAUGGCCAACUUCGCCUACGUGAAGCGGCAGGCGGGCAUCGACGACAUGUUCAACUUCGAGACGUUCGGGAACAGCAUGAUCUGCCUGUUCCAGAUCACCACCUCGGCCGGCUGGGACAGCCUGCUGAGCCCAAUCCUCAACAACUCCCCCGAGGAGUGCAACGCCAGCAUCCGCCACACGGGCACCGCCGUGCGGGGCGACUGCGGGAACCCGUCGGUGGGCAUCACCUUCUUCGUCACCUACAUCAUCAUCUCCUUCCUCAUCGUGGUCAACAUGUACAUCGCCAUCAUCCUGGAGAACUUCAGCGUGGCCACGGAGGAGAGCACCGAGCCGCUGAGCGAGGACGACUUCGAGAUGUUCUACGAGGUUUGGGAGAAGUUCGACUCCGAGGCCACGCAGUUCAUGGAGUACGCCGCGCUGUCCGACUUCGCCGACUCGCUGUCGGAGCCGCUGAGGAUCAGCAAGCCCAACAAGAUCAAGCUGAUCUCCAUGGACCUCCCCAUGGUCAGCGGGGACAAGAUCCACUGCCUGGACAUCCUCUUCGCCUUCACCAAGCGCGUCCUGGGCGAGUCGGGCGAGAUGGACGCCCUGAAGCAGCAGAUGGAAGAGAAGUUCAUGAUGGCCAACCCGUCCAAGAUCUCCUACGAGCCCAUCACCACCACCCUGAGGCGCAAGCAGGAGGACGUCUCGGCCACGGCGAUCCAGAGGUGCUACCGCAGGCACCUGGUGCGGCGGCAGCUGAAGGCCGCCUCCUACCUGUACCGCCAGAUCACCACGCCGCGGCACGCGGGGGAGGACGGCGAGGACGCCUUGGAGGAAGCGCCGGAGAAAGAAGGGCUCAUCGCCGCCAUGAUGAGGGAGAACUACGGCUCCGGCCCGUUGGGGGCGGACCGCUGCAGGACCGCCUCCGCCACCUCGUCGCCGCCGUCCUACGGCGGCGUCACGAGAGCCACGUCCGAGACCCGAGACCCGCUCGCCGCCGGGGCGGGAGCCGGGGCCGGCGACGGCGAACCGAGCGAGCGAGCGCCGGCGAAGGUCGACCCUUAAGGAGGGAACCGGACCGCAGGGGAACCGACGAGCAGAAAAUAACUGAAUCCAACGGAUGAGGACGUCCUCGUUCCGGGAUCGGCCCGUUGGUUCUUUUGUUUUACUGAAUGUACCUCGGACGAGGGCUGAGGGGACGACUAAGGGGACGACUAAGGGCUGAGGAGGCGACUAAGGGGGCGACUGAGGGCUGAGGAGGCGACUAAGGGCUGAGGAGGCGACUAAGGGGGCGACUAAGGGGACGACUGAGGGCUGAGGAGGCGACUAAGGGGACGACUGAGGGCUGAGGAGGCGACUAAGGGGCGACUGAGGGCUGAAGAGGCGACUAAGGGGACGACUAAGGGGACGACUGAGGGCUGAGGAGGCGACUAAGGGGGCGACUGAGGGCUGAGGAGGCGACUAAGGGGACGACUAAGGGGACGACUGAGGGCUGAGGAGGCGACUAAGGGGGCGACUGAGGGCUGAGGAGGCGACUAAGGGGACGACUAAGGGCUGAGGAGGCGACUGAGGGCUGAGGAGGCGACUAAGGGGACGACUGAGGGCUGAGGGGACGACUAAGUGGACGACUAAGGGCUGAGGAGGCGACUAAGGGGGCGACUGAGGGCUGAGGAGGCGACUAAGGGGACGACUAAGGGGA